GGAUGUUGCGGGUUUUCUCGGGAGAAAAUACUACUGGAACACAGCCAUACAACCCAGAAAACCCACAGCAUCCUACUGCCUAAAGGAUCAAUUCAUAAAAGCCAGAGGCACAAGAAAAGUUUAAAAUAGCCUAUGAGUUGUCUCAAAAAUCCCCUGAGAACACUUGUCAGGUUAGGCAAAGACCAUAAAACAGCUGAAUAGGUUAACCCCAAAGGUAAAGCCUAGUUGGAAAGAUCUUGUCUUUCAUAGAACUACCCUCCAAAGAAGAAAAAACAGCUGGUUGAAACUGGGCAACAUUUUUCUCCCCUUCAAGUAAUUCCAAUGUUGUUGUUGUCAACAGCAAUUACUUCAUUACUUGAUUUUGCUUUUGUUUGAAGGUCUUACCAGUCAUCUCUCUUUAUUCCAGAGGAUAAUAGUCUACAGGACAAGUCCAAGAAAGAACCACAACACCUCCUAUUUGAUGAAAAAGAGCAAAAAAGCAUGAAAAUGAAAUGGAAGAGGGAGAAUGAAUGUUGUGUUUCUCGGGGUGUUGAAUCCCAGAUACUUGAAACACCAGGAAAAAUUAACAUAAAUGAGAAACCAGAUAAGUGCUUCCAAUAUGAAACAAGCUUUGUUUUGAAGGGGGAGGUCCCUGAGCAUCUAUUCCACAAAGUGGAAGCACAUAAAUGCCUGGCACAUGGAAAGAGCUUUGCUAAAACUGGCAUCCUUGUUGCUCAUCAACAAAUCCACACUGGUGAAAAGCCAUAUAAAUGUUUGGAGUGUGGAAAGAGCUUUGCUCACAGUUCAACACUUAUGUAUCAUCAACAAAUCCAUACUGGGGAGAAACCAUAUAAAUGCUUGGAGUGUGGAAAGAGAUUUGUUCAGAAUUCAAAUCUCACUAUCCAUCAACGAAUCCACACUGGGGAGAAACCAUAUAAAUGCUUGGAGUGUGGAAUGAGUUUUUCCCACAGUUCAAGGCUUACUGUUCAUCAACAGAUACACACUGGGGAGAAACCACAUAAAUGCUUGGAGUGUGGAAAAAGCUUUGUUGUGAGUUCCCAUCUUACUAAACAUCAACUAAUCCACACUGCGGAAAAACCAUAUGAAUGCUUGGAGUGUGGAAUGAGCUUUAUUCAUAGUUCAGCACUUAAUAAUCAUGAACGAAUACACACUGCAAAGAAACCAUAUAAAUGUUUGGAGUGUGGAAGAAACUUUGUUCACAAUUCAAUUCUCACUAUCCAUCAACGAAUCCACACUGGAGAGAAACCAUAUAAAUGCUUGGAGUGUGGAAAGAGCUUUGCUCAGAAUUCAAAUCUCACUGUCCAUCAACGAAUCCACACUGGGGAGAAACCGCAUAAAUGCUUGGAGUGUGGAAUGAGUUUUUCCCAAAGUUCAAGGCUUACUGAUCAUCAACGGAUACACACUGGGGAGAAACCAUAUAAAUGUUUGGAGUGUGGAAAAAGCUUUGUUUACAAUUCAAAUCUCACUAUCCAUCAACGAAUCCACACUGGGGAGAAACCACAUAAAUGUUUGGAAUGUGCAAAGAGCUUUACUCGAAAGUCACAUCUUACUAGCCAUCAACGAAUCCACACUGGGGAGAAGCCAUAUACAUGCUUGGAGUGUGGAAUGAGUUUUACCCACAAGUCAACACUUACUUAUCAUCAACGAAUGCACACUGGGGAGAAACCAUAUAAAUGCUUAGAGUGUGGAAAGAGCUUUGCUUGGAAUUCAGAUCUUACUAGACAUCAACGAAGGCACAGGGGGGAGAAGCCAUAUAAAUGCUUAAAGUGUGGAAAGAGCUUUGCUCUCAGUUCACGCCUUACAGUCCAUCAAAGAAUCCACAGUGGGGAGAAACCAUAUAAAUGCUUGGAGUGUGCAAAGAGCUUUGCUCAGAGUUCAUAUCUUACUGCUCACCAACGAAUCCACACUGGGGAGAAACCAUAUAAAUGUUCGGAAUGUGCAAAGAGCUUUGCUCAAAAGGCACAUCUUAGUUACCAUCAACAAAUCCACACUGGGGCGAAACCAUUUAAAUGCCUAGAGUGUGGACAGAGCUUUGCUCGGAAUUCAUAUCUUACUAGCCAUCAACGACUGCACAGGGGGAGAGAAGCCAUAUAAAUGCUUGGAGUGUGUAAAGAGCUUUGCUCACAGUUCGGCACUUAUUGUCCAUCAACAAAUCCAUGGAGUAGAAAAGCCAUAUAAAUGCUAGGAGUGUGCAAAGAGCUUUGCUCAGAGUUCAUACCUUACUGUUCACCAGCGAAUCCACACUGGGGAGAAACCAUUUAAAUGCUUGGAAUGUGGAAAGAGCUUUGCUCAAAAGGCACAUCUUAAUUACCAUCAACAAAUCCACACUGGGGAGAAACCAUAUAAAUGCCUGGAAUCAUGAAAGAGCUUUGCUCAAAAGACAUAUCUUAAACUGCACCAAAGUAUUCACAGAGGAGAGAAAUCAUAAAUGCUAAACCAUGUGCUGCAUCAAAGAAUUCACAGAAGAGAAAAAAAUACAAAUAUUUCCAGGUUUGCAAGAUGUUAGACUCAAGCCCAACCUUUCCAAGUAUCAUCACUGAGAGUUUUUGUGCUAAAUCUGUCUUGUUGUCUACAUGUUUGAACUAGUCUUGGUUAAUCUAUGCUCAAUUCUCAGCUACAAUAUUUGGAAUACAGCUUACAGGCAAUUUGAGUCAUUUGUCCUAACCUUUGAAUACACGUUAAGGAGGGUGUCCCAGAUUGUUACAUUUAAUAGAUUAAUUUGUUGAGGACUAGGUUCACUGCCUUGCUUCCUUUCCUGGCCAUAUUUAGUGAUGGUAAUACUAUUGAAUGAGCAGUUCUGUCUCCUGCCAAAACAGGAGCGGCUAUAUUGAAUGAACUAAUGUCAACAAUGCUGAUAGGAAGGUUAGACUGAGGAUGAGUUAGUAGCCCAGGGUGAGCCAGCGAAUUUCAUUGGUAGAGUUGGGAUUUGAACCUGUAUCUCCUGAGCCUUGUCAGGCCUUCUGAUGACUGCACCACACUGACUCUGUUUACUCUGAUUUUUGGCACUCUAGCUCCCACUAUCAUGCUGAAGCUGGUGGUCAAUUUUGCAUAUAUCUGAAUGCUUGUAUAGAUCUAUGGUUCGGCUGCAUUUGAAAUACUGUGUGCAAUUCUGGUCACUGUACACAGAAAAGACAUGGCAGAGCUAGAAAAAGUACAAAACAGGGCAAUCAAGGUGCUUAGGGGCUUGUAGUACUUUUCUUGUGAGGAAAGGCUGAAAUGUUUCAGUGUAGAAGAGACAACUAAGGGGCCCCAUGAUACAGAUUUAUUAAAUUAUGCGCACGGUGGGCAUAGUUGCCAAAGAGACUUUUUUCUCCCUCUGCAAAGAUGCUAUUACUGGAGUGUAUCAAUGAAGCUGAUGGGGAACGAAAUCAGCAUAGACAAAAGAGAGAUGCUUCUUUGCACAGGAAGUGAUUAAAAUGUGGAAUUUUCUCUUGGGGGUGUUUGUGUAGUGAUGGCAAAAGGCAUAGACAGCUUUAAAAGGAGAUUAGAAGAAAAGAAGAAGAAGAAGAGUUUGGAUAUAUACCCUGCUUUUUCUCUCUAGUAAGGAGUGUGAAAGAAGCUUACACAUUUCUUUCCUUCGUAACAGAUGACUUGUUAGGUGGAGCUGACAGAGUUCUCAGAGAACUGUGACUAGCCCAAGGUCACCCAGCAGGCUGUAUGUGGAGGAGCAGGGAAACAAACUCUGGAAUCCAUCACUGUUAACCACGAUGCCAAGCUAGAGGAUAGGCCUUCCAGUGGCUACUAACCAUAGAAUCAUAGAGUUGGAAGAGACCCCAAGGGCCAUCUAGUCAACCCCUGCAAUGCAGGAACACCCAAUCAAAGCACUCCCAACAUAUGUGCAUCCAGCCUCAUUUUUCUAUUUAUUAGAAAAAAUAGGGUAGAAGAGAAAUAAUUGCAGGAUUUGAGUUUUAAAAGAAAACAGCAGAUUGAAUCAGAAUAUUGGUAAUUAUACAUAGUAUAGGUAUGUAGCUUUCAUUUCACAUUUUCACAAUUUGACAGCUACUUCCAGCCGCACACCCCUGAAUGAAAAAGCUAAUUAAAGGGUGUGAAUUAAAGGUGAAUUAAAGGUGAUUAAAAGGUAAUAAAAUGCUUUUGCAAUGUGA